AUGGACCCCUUCAGCACCCUACCCUAUGAGCUCCUAUCUUCAAUCAGCGAGGAAGCUGCUGAUUGGGCUGGGCUUGACAGUCUGAUUCAAGUUUCGCCACGCAUCGCCGCACUGUUCACCCCGGAGGAAGGUUUGGAUCAAGCUCACCCCGAUGCUAUAAAUCUUGUUGAGAACAUCCUGCGUACAAACCCAGUGAUGAGCUAUCAACUACACCAGUUUUUCCGGAUAUGUGCGGAUCUCCGGCGCCCUUCCUUCUCCUCUGGAUGCAACCUGACUCUAGCCGAGUUUAUGGCGCAGGAUUAUUUAUCACCUUUGAGCCCUACCUCUAUAACCGGUACUAUACUGCGGGAUAUGGUCCGGGUUGCAGCUAAUAUCCAGCGACUGGCCUGCGCCUGCCUAACCACCUUUCUGGCACGCGUUCGAGCGGUGCAACCGAGAAGCUAUGGUCGGGAUACGGCCGGGAAGUUGAAGGGGGGAGAACCAUAUCCACAGCGAGAAGCCGGCCCCCCGUCUUGGGUGGAGGAGUACCGUGUUUAUCGGGCUCUGUGGCAUUUGCAGCUGUAUUCAGAUGUAUGGAAUGUUUCUCUCCAGCUAGACUGGCCGAUUAACGAGCUCCAUCUCUAUCUACGCACUUCAGGCUUUCCUGUCCCUACAGAAAAGCCUAAGAAAGGUGUGAUACGCGGAGGAGAACCUACAGGUGAUGAAAUGCGCGCAGUAUCAGAGUGUCUCCAGGAUAUUUGUACUCAUCCGAAUUUGUCGGACCCACUGGUUGCAGCUGCCGACACCUUCUACCUGCGAUUCUGGCUAGAGUUGCCCAACGCAUUAUCUCUUGGACGUCACGAUUCUCUAAUCUGUGACUUCAGGGCUUGGAGUCCUCCACCCCUACCACCUUCUGAGGAGGACACGUGCAAGCCUGUUGCGGGGCUAUGGGCCAACACUAUUUCUGCUACGGAGGGACGCAAUCUCCCCGGUAGUUCCGGGCCAAACAGGAGGGGGGCCGCCGCAGACUUCGUGGAUAAUGGCUUUGGUAUUGUCAUUGACCACGUGGAUACGCACGACAUACUGGAGUGCAACGACGGCAAUACCACGGUCAACACCAUCAGUCAACUUCAGAUUGAGGUUCUUCCCACCGAGGAUGCCAACUACAGUCGGCUGUGCAGCUUUACAUGCAACUAUGGAUAUUGUUCUGAAGGCGCAUGUGCCACAGUCAGCUCGCCAUUGACUAUUCCCAGCACCUCCCCCUUCACUCCUUUCGCCUGCGUGGCCGGAACAGGGGAAGACGACCUUGAAGGGUUGUGUUCCUACUCCUGCAAUUUUGGUUACUGUCCGAUUCAUUCAGGCACGUGUACGACAGAGGGGGUGUUGGUCGACGCUCCGGCGGCCAACUCUAGUCUUACGGGGGUUCCAGUGUCCACUGUCGUUUACAACCAGUAUCACGGCUUAUGCGAUUUCGCGUGUAGUCGAGGAUAUUGUCCUGAUAGUGCCUGUGAGCUGCGCUCCACUGUGGACUCUUCCACUGGUUCGACUGGACAUAAUUCCUCCAGCUCGUCCUCGGCGUCUAAUGUCUCUAACGACACUACAAUUGACUUACCACCGAGCCGACUAACGUUGAGAUAUCUGAAUCAAGUCCAGGUAACCGGCUGGGAAUUCUCGGCUGUGGUGAUCAGCGGAUCUACUGAUAGUCAAGUUACCGUUCAUCCCACGCCUCGUCUUCCCCCAAGUACAGUAAUCAUCACGGAUGAUCCCAACCCUCUGGAUCAAAGCUCUGUUACGCAUACCCCGCGGACGCGCACAGUCAUCAUUCCACCUUACCCCUGGGAUACUAGGGCCUACGGCAAGGACAGCAGCGACGACGACCUCAUAGUUCCCAAGCCCCCGACCAUCACCGUUGCCGAUAGUCCCGCUUGUAGUGGAAUCAGGUUUAUCUACAGCGACAUCGACACCGACGAUGACAACAAUACCGGUAGCACAACUGACAACGAAGACUCCGGUCCAGACAAAGGGUUCAACAGUAAUGAAAAUCCAGAUAACGACAACAAUGACGACGAAGAUAAUAAUAGCAGAAUUGAUUUUAGAUUGGGGGGCAUCAACAUCAACGGCAACUCGCCAGACCCCAAUACCAAUAAUGAAGACUCGAAUAAGAGUCAGACCUCCAAGGCUACUUCUACCUCCACCUGUACCCGCCAGACAUUCACUGAUACUUGGAUCUCGUGCACAUCGCUUAGCUCUACCUCAACCUCCUGCACGACCACUAGCACCCUCGUCGAGAUCAGCUGCUCCGUCACGGCCACCACUAUGACGACGAUUGUCACCGGCGACAGCUGUCCCUUUAUUAUCCCCAACAACGACCAGGGUAGCGAAGGUGGGCCCCUGGCCGACAGCGCCUGGUCCAGUAUCACAGACUACUCCUCAGGGUGGUACACGUAUCUGGGGUACACCGCCGACCCAGCCAAAACCGCCUCGACCACCACGGCGCGUAAAACCAGUACUAGCACUACAACUACAACCACGACCACCGCGGCCGCUUUAAUAUCUACUAAUACCAAGCUUCUAACCUACAGUAAGAAGUCCUCCAAGGCUUUAUUCCUCCGCGAGGAGGUGGGAAACAACAAACACACCUACAUCUAUUAG